AUGAAUUAUGACCAAAUGUGGGAUGCCUGCACAUCAUUUUGGCGGGUAAUAAAAGAUUUCAGGAAGUCGACAUAUGAUGGUUUUGAUGAUCCACACAGUACUAUGAUGAGAGCAUAUCCUGAAGUUCCAGAAUGGGCUUAUUUGAUCAUUGUUGUCAUUUCAUUAGUUUUGGCCAUUUUGUGUGUUAAAUUAUAUCCUGCCCAGACACCAGUGUGGGGUAUUUUCUUUGCAUUAGGUAUUAACUUUGUGUUCUUAAUUCCUUUAACCACUAUUUAUGCCAGAACUGGAUUUGCAUUUGGAUUAAAUGUUUUGGUUGAAUUGAUUGUGGGUUACGCUAUCCCAGGUAACGGGUUAGCCUUAGCAUUCAUAAAGGCUUUAGGUUACAACAUUGAUGCACAAGCACAAAAUUUCGUGAACGAUUUAAAACAAGGUCAUUAUGCUAAACUCCCACCAAGAGCUGUUUAUCGUGUUCAAUUAUUAUCCAUUUUUGUAUCAUCUUUCAUUCAAUUGGGCAUUUUAAAUUUCCAAAUUAAUGGCAUCAAAGAUUAUUGCAAGCCAGGGAAUACUCAAAAGUUUACAUGCCCUGGCGGUAGAACAUUCUUCUCAGCAUCGGUAUUAUGGGGAGUUAUUGGCCCCAAAAAAGUUUUCAAUGGAUUAUAUCCAGUAUUAGCAUGGUGUUUCUUGAUUGGAUUUUUAUUGGCUUUCCCUUGUAUUGCCAUUAAGAAGUAUGCACCUAGGAAAUAUGUUAAAUACUUUGAACCUUCUAUUGUUAUUGGUGGAUUCUUGAAGUAUGCACCAUAUAAUUUGUCGUACUAUAUUCCUGGUGUUUAUGUGUCGUAUGCAUUUAUGUCAUACAUUAAAAGAAAAUACGAAGCUUGGUGGCAGAAAUAUACUUAUGUUCUUUCAACUGGUUUGAAUGCUGGUAUUGCCUUUUCAUCAAUCAUUAUUUUCUUUGCUGUGAUGUAUCAUGAAAAAGAUAUUAACUGGUGGGGUAAUACUGUUAUGUAUUCAGGUGUUGACUAUGCUAUGACAGGUUGGUUGAAUGCCACUGUUGAUGCACCAGAUGGAUAUUUUGGACCAAGACGUGGUAAUUUCCCUUGA